AAUAACAAUAAUCGGUUUUCACAUCAAGAUCGCCUCGGUACAAAUUUGGGCUUUGCAUGGGAAAUUGUUCGUCACAGGCAAUCGAAGGUGGCUUGAUUCCUCAUCGAGAAUUCGAACAACGACAGCCAUCUCAGAUAGAAGCAACAGAUUCGGCAAUGGGCGAUAGAUCGAACUUCAACGAUUUCUUGGAGGCCAACAACUGCAUGCUUAAGAUGGCGCAGGAGAAAUAUGACCAGCAUGACGAGCUGAAAAGGCAAAAUCGUGAUUUGAGAAAGAGAAACGAAGAGAUUACGGCUCAAUAUGAAAACCUAAGGCAAAGGUAUGUGGAAUAGUGUUCAAUUUACUGGUAAACCGGUUUACGAAGUCCCUAGCUAAGACCUUUGUGAGAACAGAGGAGGAAAGUAACGUGGUUUUAGAUGCAUUGCUUUAGUUCAUGUCUAAGUCCUGCGUUCGCUCUCGGUUUUAUCGAAUCAAUCAUUUCUUUUAAACAAACAGAAUAAGUAACGAUUCUGAAAUGAAUCACCGCAGCCAUCAAAGCAGUUCUGAAGAUGUUACAAGCAGGAACAAACGAAGUGAUGUCUUGCAGAAGUGCAAAAAAUUGGACGGGGCCAUUCGUCGACAAGCAAUGGAAGUGUUUGGGAGGCAACCUGAUAGGGCAGAGAACUGGUACAGAAAGGAUUUGACUUGCCGAAUAUUUAUGGUACGUCAUUAUUUUUAUACGAUCUAAAAUAUGCCACCCGGUGAACCUCAAAAUGCCUACAGCGAUCAAGCACUAUGACGAUUCCAAAGCGAUACAUAAAUAACACAUUAUUUUUAAAGUCGUUAAAAAAGAUUGUUUGAAAGUCUUGCGGUCAGGCUUGCAAACCGAACUACCAUUUGUUCUAAGACAAAUGUUCACGUGUGAUUAACCUCCCCUCUUGAAAUCAAUCCUGCGCACUAUUUCUAAAUUGAGAUCAUUUCUUUAAUCCCGGAAAGCAAAUUCAAGAUGGCGGCGGUCGAGUUUUGGUAGUCUGAAAGGUUAAUUAGCGUGCAUGAAUUUUUUUUCAUUUAAUUUUCCCUUGCGCGAAUAUUUUUGUACUUCGCCCGCUCCCAACACCCCAUAAGUUUUCUAAUGGUCCAUCCGUUAUCCUUGUUCGGAAGGUUUUUCCAUGCCGAGAUUACCUCUUUUAUCAAAAAUCAGAAUAUUGUCCUGAAACUUGAAUUCAAAUCAUAUACGUCAUCUAUGUAUUGUUGUUUAAUUAGAUUGCUUACAAACUUGCGGAACGUACAAAAGAAGAGUUCAUCCAACAGGCUUUACCGAGGUUUUUUCAGAGCGCACCCUUUGUCGGAGUGCAUUUUAAAGAAAUCCCCCCGCAGGUGAGCAAACUGGAGAAAAGCCAGAAUAGAGCCUUUCUUAUAUAUGAUAACCUCUGUCCUUUAACACUCACUAUCAGAUACCGAAACAUAAAGUGCAUAUUAUUAUUAUUACCAUUAUUAUUAUUAUUGUUAUUAUCAUCAUCACUGUUUUUAUUAAUGAGACUUUUAUAAGAGGUGACUCUUGCUGUUUCCCGAACUUUUAACGUAAAUUCAACUUUGGGUAAGGCUUUUUAUGUCUAUUUUGUAACAACCCUUGUAGAUCAUUACUUCAACUUAAGGCCUGGUUACCAACGAUAGCAUUGACCGUUUGUUUACGAAUGGAAGAUCAACGCCGAGGGGGGAGAGAGUGCUUUGUGGAGUAAACAAAGUAUUUUGUACACCCUUCUACAGAGUAAUAUUAUGAUGACAAUAGGAGAACGAUAAGAUGGUUAGGCUUGUAUAUUAACGAUUAAUAUAAAGCUCUAUUUCUAAAACAGGCAAAAAGGAUCUCUGAGCAACAAAUCUCUGAGGAAAUGCAACAGUUACUUUCAACCGACUCCUUCAAAAUCGCAAGUUCUUCUGUUUUAAAAGAACUUGCAGUUAGUUGUGAUCUAACAGACUUAGAGGAGGUAAUGAUUUUAAUUUUUUGGACUCUAAUAGUAACCGAGAUUCUCGGAGGGACUUCCAUAUAUAAGUUAUACAGCUAUGUGUCGCUCAACAGGGUAUGCUUAUUUGCCUCUGACUCUGGGAACAGGGGUAUAGAGUUCACCCUUUAUCACUGAAAGAUUUGUACAUUUUAUUUCAGCUUUACUUCAGAACAGGGUCACACAUUCUUAAUCCGUGAUUAUUCUCAAUCAAGCUUAGGUGCGAAAGUACUCUCCCCUCGUCGUUUUACCAUUGAACAGGAUUUCUGAUUUCUGAUUUCUGAUUUUUCGAUUUUUGUUGUCUGGAGCAGAGUAGCAAAUGUUUUUGUCAGGAACAGGUCCAGAGUCUCAAAGACUCAGCGACACACCCCCUUAGUUAAUUUUAACAGAGUAUCCCCCCGGCCAAGACUAUACAGUCAACUCUCUUUAAGACGGACACCCAGGAGAGGACUCUGACAAGAGCAUGGGAUACUUUUGGCGACUGUGUGACUGCCUUUAUAAAGGACUCAGCCUUAUUAAGAGUUGAAUAUAGGGACGAACUGGAGAACGGCGGUUCAACAACUCUAGGUGUCAGGUUUAGGAGAGGCGUUGCAUUUUUCACAGAGGUGACUGUUAAGAUGUAAUCGAUUGCGUCCUAUAACGAAGUCAUAGUCAUGACUGAUAUAUGAUAAUCACAAUCAUCAUAACUAUAAAAUAAACACCAUUCUUUACUAUUCAUCUUUAUUCAUCUCAUGAUCAUUGACAUUGUCACAUCAAACAAUAUUAUAACUGAACAAACUCGUCCCCAGGGCUUCCCUUAGAGAAAAGGGAAAAUAAAGCGGACGAGGUUGAUAACUGGAUCCUUAUACGCCUUCAGUUGUGGCUAGCUGUCAAUAUGUCCAAAAUCAGGUAUCUUCUCAUUACCACUGAUACGUCCCUCUCAGAAACAUGAACGAUUUUUUUCGCAGAAACUUAUGACUGAGUUGACAUCUUUUCGUGACCGUUGGCAAGAUCAAUAUCCUUGGCUGCCAUACCUGGAAGACAACAAGAUGAAAAGCGAUAGGAUGAAGAGUUUCAUCAAAGAAUGUCUGAGAAUCGCCUGGCGAAUGGUAAACUUACUUCCACCUCUGAAGAUCGUGACAAUAGAUAAAGUUGAAAGCAGAUCGAAAUUAGACGAAUACUUUGAGAAGGAAGUUGAGGAAAAUAAAGAGAAAACACAAACCAUGAACGUUUGUGUUUGGCCAGCGGUCAUGGACUGUUACAACAAUGAAGUUCUGCUAAAAGGAAAAUUAACUUUAAUACCAAGUCCAAAGCCGAGUCAGAUUUGCCAAGUGUAAACAGGGUUAUCCAUGACAAAGUUCCCGGCAAAGUUGGCUGUUGUUUUUUAACCACAAUAUUUUAACGUUUUAGACCGGCAAUCCCGGUGAACAAGCUUUUGCAUAGUUUGUCUGUCAAAACGGUAUGACUGCAACCACCUGUAAUCGUACUAAACGCCCUGCCACAUGAUAUUGUUUUACAAGGUUAAUGCCUAAUAGAACGUCGGUUCUUGUAGUUAGUUUAGCAAUUUGAUUUCCUAAAAGUGUAGCAGUUAUUGUGGUACGUACUGAAUUUAUAUGCCUGAUACCAGAAAACGCUUUAUCACUGAAAAUAUACAGUCAGAAAACACUCACUGCCAUGUGAUGUUAAGUUGAGCCGUUUUUGAAUAGGAUAACAGGAACCUUCGGUACUGAGGAUUUGAGUAGGAGAAUGUUGAGCUCAAGUGCCAUUGAAAUCCUGAGUGUACUGAUUCAUUAAUGCUUGUUUAUGUCCAAUAAGCCGUUUCUCGAAAGUCCAAAGCUAAGGUUAAAAAUCUAAAUCUUGGAAAUAGUAGUAGGAGAAGAAGCUUUAUUUUAAUGAGGGUGGAAACAUUACAGAGAUUUUAAGAAUCACGUCUACUUACGACAAACGGCAAAGAUUUAAAGUUGGCAGUUGUUCAAAAAUAGGAAACAAGCAAGCAAAAAUUGUCUGAAUCGGUCGCAGCAAGUCUACCGGAAAUUAUGAUUUUUUAAAACCCCUUGUGGAUAUUUGCGGGUUCGACUUUUGCCGACUCGCUUUCAGUUGAAAAGUCAUCAGAAUAUUGUCUCACUUUUGUCUCUCUUUUAAGGAUUUUUGUCCAGGCCUCGCGUUUUCAGUUGAACCACGUGACCCAAAACGCUUUGGCCGCGCGGAAUACCGAGGCCUACGGUCUUAAGCUAAGUGAAGGUCGAAGAACGUGAUCACAAGCAUGACAUCUGCACGAAAACGAGACUGAAGGAAAGGAAAACGAGUCUAAAAGAGUCCAGUUUCCUGCGGCCGAGAUGCCCCUGGUAAAAUUAAUGGGGGCGGCUAAUCGGCAGUCUCCCGUGAUAGCUCGAAAAUUUCUGCCUUUGUGCCACAGGAACUAAGAAAACAUGUUUUGCGCCGCUACGCAGACGAGUUAUCGCCUUUGUCAAGAAGAAAGAAAAAAAAAAACAAACAAUAAAAAGCUAUAAGUAUAAAUAACUAUUUCUAUUAAUGUUUAAAAAGUGUGAGUGUUCGGUAUGGUUCGGGCUCUGAGGAAGGCUAAUUUUGUUAGCCGAAAUAUUGGUCUAUAAUAAAUUAGCCCUUUGUAGCCCUGCAUUCAGUUUUGUUUAUUUCACACUUUAAGUGACGUCUGGCUACAGCACUCUUUAAUUAGAGAUCCAACAAGAGGAACCAGUCAGUUAUAUUUAGGCGUUGCGUGGACCUCUGCAUUCAAACAGUUUUUCCUACAAACACAGACCAGCUCUGCAGGCACGAUAGACCGAUAAUUACUGAGGCUUUCGGGAAAUGGGCCCCUAGCUUAUCUGCUAUAGAGAGCGGAGAAGUCGUUACCUCCCGUUGCCAUGGUAGCGAAAACUUUUGGAUGACAACAUACCCAAAAAGUCACUUAAAAGUCUAUCCGCGCUAUUUCAAACUUCACCGAUCUUAUUCAAUUUCAUUUAAUUUGGCAAUUCUUGGCGAAAUUUUCCUUGCUACCGUAUCUAUCGUUAUCUAAGUUUAGAAAAAGAAAGCGACAAUUUUUGUGUUGUGUUCACCUACUCCAUAAAGCGAGCUCGUGAAAUUAGGAAGUUUCAUGUCGUAGUGGUGAAACGAACGCAAAGAAAUGUACAAAAUAGCGUGUGCACGUGCAAAGUUGUUGUUUGUUAAUAUAAGCAUAUUAUUUUGUCAUCCUCCUUGUCGUCGCCGUCGUCGUUGGUUUUGUUGUCAUCCAGAAAUAGUGCUACCAUGGUAACGUGACGUCACCCUUGUCUAGUUUGAGAUUCCUGCCUUUCCUGAAGGGAGUCGACCGUCUACGCUCGGCGAGGGAACGGAGGGUGUGGCUAGAAGCGAUAUUCGGACUAGAACAGGGAAUGAUCUUCAAUUCUUAUUAAAGCUUUUGGCGACUGCGGAAAAGUUAUAGUUAAACUGAAAAAGGUACUGAGCAGAAGAAUUUUAAAGUUGUAGUGAUCAGUUUCUCUUUCGUUGUGUGUUUGGUUUUUGCCAAAUAGAAGAACUGGGCAUAAAGCGUCAUUAUUUGUAGUUAGUUUGUUUACGUGUUCGAAAGAUUGAAACCAUGUAAAAUCACCAGCUGGAAUAUGAG